UGGAAUUAGUUUGGUCAGCUGUUUGAUAACGAUUGUAUCCCAUUCGCUACUCGAGAUGAAACCCUUUGCCUGCAUCCUGGUGAUCCUUGCCGCCAUCCUGUCCGUCGGACAGGCCUCCCUGGGCGGUCUUCUUGGCGGCGCCGGCGGUGGAGGCGGCGGCUCCAUUGGCGGCGGCGCUGGCGGCAUUGGACAGCUGCUGCAGAGCAAGCUGGGCGGUCUCGGCGGAGGAUUGGGCGGCGGCCUCGGCGGUCUGAGCGGUGCUCUUGGCGGCAAGCUCGGCGGCGGUGGAGGCGGUGGCGGUGGCGGCGGCGGCUACUCCGGUGGCUACUCCAACGGCGGCGGCUACUCCGGCGGUGGCGGAUACUCCGGCGGCGGUGGCUACUCCGGCGGUGGCGGAUACGCUGCUCCUGCUCCCAGGCCCGUUGAGAAGGUGGUCAUCGUGAAGGUCAUUAGCGAGGGCUACUCCGGCGCUCAGUCUGGUGGCUACUCUGGUGGCUACUCCGGCGCCCAGUCUGGUGGCUACUCUGGUGGCUACUCUGGUGCUCAGUCUGGUGGCUACUCUGGUGGCUACUCCGGUGGCGCUCAGUCCAGCGGCUGGAACAAGGGCUGGUAAACGUGGAGCACGCCAAACUGGACCAACUACGCAUAGUUCAAACUGCCAAACAGAAAGUUCGGCUUAGAAUUUAAUAUAUUUUUUUUUAAUAUUUUUUUUAGCGGUAUUUGUUUGUUAGAAUUUAUACAAUAUACAAGAAAAGAAUUUCCAUUUUAAA